AUGGAGAUAUGGUUGAACCAAUCAUCCACAGAUGACUUUAUCCUAUUGGGCAUCUUCUCCCACACUCCAGUUGACCUUGUCCUCUUCUCUGCAGUUAUGGUGGUGUUCACAGUGGCCCUCUGUGGGAAUGUUCUCCUCAUCCUCCUCAUCUACAUAGAUCCUCGACUUCAUACUCCCAUGUACUUCUUCCUCAGUCAGCUCUCCCUCAUGGACCUCAUGUUGGUCUGUACCAAUGUGCCAAAGAUGGCAGUCAACUUCCUGUCUGGGAAGAAGUUCAUCUCCUUUACGGGUUGUGGUAUACAAAUUGGCCUCUUUGUCUGUCUAGUAGGGUCAGAGGGGCUCUUGCUUGGACUCAUGGCUUAUGACCGUUAUGUGGCCAUUAGCCACCCACUUCAUUAUCCUAUCCUCAUGAAUCACAAGGUCUGUCUCCAGAUUGUUGGGAGCUCCUGGGCUUUUGGGAUAAUAGAUGGUUUUAUCCAGAUGGUGGUAGUAAUGAGCUUCCCCUAUUGUGGCUUGAGGGAGGUGAACCAUUUCUUCUGUGAAAUGCUAUCCUUGUUGAAGCUGGCUUGUGUAGACACAUCCCUUUUUGAGAAGGUGAUAUUUGUUUGCUGUGUCUUCAUGUUGCUCUUUCCCUUCUCCAUCAUUGUGGCCUCCUAUGCUCGCAUCCUGGGAACUGUGCUUCGUAUGCGCUCAGCUCAGGCUCGUAAGAAGGCUCUGGCUACCUGCUCCUCCCACCUGACAGCUGUCUCUUUCUUCUAUGGGGCAGCCAUGUUCAUCUACCUGAGGCCUAGGCAAUAUCGAGCACCUAGCCAUGACAAAGUGGUAUCUAUCUUCUACACAGUCCUCACACCUAUGCUUAACCCCCUCAUUUAUAGCUUGAGGAACAGAGAAGUGACGGGGGCAUUGAGGAAGGGGCUGGACCGUUGCAAGACUGGCAGCCUGUACUGA